AUGGCGACGGUCGAUGAAGGCGUGACAGUUGAUGAUUACUGGGACUGGGAGCAGGAGGACGAAGGCGCCGGUGGGGAUGCCAGGCAGGGUGAUGAUGACGGCUGGCGGCGGGGAGCCGGAGAGGGUAAGGGUUUGGAACUCGGGAGGGAAUCGGCGAGUGGGUUGUUUUGGGGAAAACCUGGCAUGUUUGUGGGAAGAGACGAAAUCGUGCAUGGCAUAGAUUGUGAAUUGGGAAUGGCAGAAGAGGAGUUGAAACUUGAAAGUUGA